GAGUCUUCCUGCAGAGAGCGCAGGGAAGAAGUUCGCACCAGUUUUGCUUCCAAUCCAGUGGAGGUUUCAAUAGCAGCAGCGCGGCAGGGGAGGGACGCACUGCCAGCACUCAGGAUACCCACUCACACACACUCUCACACACACACACUCACACACACACAUACACUCCUGCCCACUAGAGACCAGUUAAAUCCGCAAGAAAACUGCAAACACGCACCAGAGCAGUCGCCUAAUCCGAUUGAUAGGCACCAACAAUAGAAGUGAAAACUGAGGGAACUACUGGACACUGCAGAGGACAACUUGUGUUUUGAUUUUUCUUUUAAAUCGCUUUAGUUGUAAAGCACUUUUUUUUCUUUUCUUUUUUUUUAAUCUUGGUGAUAUCAGAGUGGCUUUGAGAGCAAGAAGCGCCAUCCGUCAGAUAACUUGGCCGUUUCACAUUCUGAAAGAAUGAGGCAGUGUAAAGGUUGGAGUGUGAUGCUGCUGGCUCUGUUUGGACUGGGAGCCUUGGCCCAGAAGCUGCCCACGAGAGACGAAGGGCUCUUCCAGAUGCAGAUCAGAGACAAGUCGCUGUUCCACGACUCCUCGGUCAUCCCGGAUGGAGCGGAGAUCAGUGGCUACCUGUUCAGGGACACACCCAAAAGGUACUACUUUGUGGUGGAAGAAGACAACACACCCCUGUCUGUGACCGUGACACCUUGUGAUGCUCCUCUGGAGUGGAAACUCAUUCUGCAGGAGCUGCCAGAAGAGGCCAGUGGAGAGGGAUCAGGAGAGCCUGAACCUCUGGACCAGCAGAAACAGCAGGUGACCGUCGACGACGGGACGGAGCUCUUCACCUACAAGGGCAAUGAUGUGGAGGCCUAUGUGGCCACCAGCACGCCCUCUGGCCUCUACCAGCUGGAGCUGUUGUCCACAGAGAAAGACAGCAACUUCAAGGUGUACGCCACCACAACUCCAGAGUCUGACCAGCCCUACCCGGAGCUGCCCUAUGACCCGCGUGUGGAUGUGACUGCACUGGGCCGUACCACUGUCACCCUGGCCUGGAAGCCAACACCAACGGGCUUUCUGAUGGGCCAGCCUGUUCAGUAUUGCGUAGUGAUCAACAAGGAGCACAAUUUCAAGAGCAUGUGUGCUGCUGAAGCUAAGAUGAGCGUUGAUGAUGCCUUCAUGCUGGCUCCGAAGCCUGGCAGAGACUUUAGCCCGUUUGACUUUGCCCACUUUGGCUUUGUGCCCUCUGACAAUGGUUAUGGCAAGGACCGAGGCCUCACAAGUAACAAGAUCUCACGGGCAUACACAGCCAAGCCCAAAGCAUCAGACAUUCAAAAGGUGUGUAUAGGCAAUAAAAACAUUUUCACUGUAUCAGACCUGAAACCAGACACGCAGUAUUACUUUGACGUGUUCGCUGUGAAUUCUGCAAGCAACACCAGCACGGCAUACGUGGGAACAUUCGCCCGCACAAAAGAGGAAGCUCGCCAGAAGACAGUGGAGCUGAAGGACGGCAAAGUAUCGGAUGUUUUCAUCAAGAGAAAGGGCAGCAAGUUCCUGCGCUUUGCUCCUGUGUCUUCCCAUCAGAGGGUCACUCUGUUUGUGCACACAUGUCUGGACGCUGUGCAGGUACAAGUGAGGCGCGACGGAAAGUUGCUGCUCUCCCAGAACGUGGAGGGGGUACGGCAGUUCCAGCUGCGGGGAAAGCCAAAAGCCAAGUACCUGAUCCGUUUGCGGGGCAGCAGGAAAGGGGCCUCCACUUUGAAAGUGCUAGCCACCACACGACCCAGUAGCAAGCAGCCCUUCCCGUCGCUUCCGGAGGAUACGCGCAUCAAGGCCUUUGACAAGUUGCGCACCUGCUCCUCUGCCACUGUGGCCUGGCUGGGCACGCAGGACCGCAACAAAUACUGCAUUUACCGCAAGGAGGUGGCUGACAAUUAUGGCGAGGAGCAGCGACGCCGGGAGCAGAACCAAUGCGCCGGGCCAGAGACCCGCAGGAAGUCAGAAAAGGUCCUGUGCAAGUACUUCCACAGCCCGAACCUGCAGAAAGCUGUGACUACAGAGACCAUCACAGGUCUGGAGCCAGGCAAGACCUACCUGCUGGACGUUUACGUUGUGGGACACAGUGGUCACUCAGUGAAAUACCAGAGCAAACUGGUGAAAACAAGGAAAUACUGCUAAAUGACUCUGCAAAGAAUAAAUCUAUUAUAAAUAUAUAUAUUAAAUAAGUUUAUUUAACUCUAAGUGAUAUUCUACUAAGGAGUGUAUACAGACUGACUACUCACACAGCGGAUGGGCCUGUGGCAGUGACUGAACUGUUUGUAGAGAGAGAGAGAGAGAGAGAUAUCAACCUGUAUAUUUAUGUUUACAUUUCAUUGCAGCACCUCUGGGUGGCCCAUAGCGUGAGGUGCUCUGAUACGAAGCUUGUCGUCUUGACAUGAUGUUGCCACUGGGGAGGCAGAACUUCAAAGAAGAUCAUAUUUCAUCUUGUAUGUUUCUUUGUUGCUGCAUGACAUUUGCUUUUGUCCGUCAUAUCUGUGCAUUACUUCAGUUUCGCAUCACGUUGACCGGAGGAGAUACAGUAGCUGCCCGCAUUGUAUAGAUCUCUCACUGCAUAUUCACUACAUGUUUUAGGAGGAAUUUAAAUUAUUUUAUACUUUUGGUCUCUCUUUUUGAUUGUCUGUUUUUAUUGAUGACAAUAAUAACUGUUAUGAGGAAAUUCCAGUUUUAUGAGGAAGUUGUCGUAGUUCAGACAUUCCCUUAUGUAUCUCAGUCAGUGUUUGCUCUAGAGCCCAUCUUGUAAAUGUGUUCUGUGCUGGAGAUCUGUGUUAUUAUCACUGUAUCGCUGUGUGUGUCACAUGUACAGAGUUGUCCUGCCAAUAUUCAUGUACAUAAACACUAAAUAUAGAACAAGUAAUCCCUCUGUCACCCUGGGUGUCAUGUUCUUUUGCCAAGCAGUUAACAUCACAGUCAUGGCUGCGAGUUGAAAGAGCACACUGCGCAUUGUGUUAAGACGCAGACAUCUAAAUCAGGGUUUCAUAAGCACAACUUGAUACCCGGAGUGAUUCCGAAUGAUGACUUGAUCCCAAAAAUGAUUUGUGACAAGAAAAGACAGACAGAGGGGGACAUAUUUGCUGGAAAUAACUUUCAAGACACAAGUGGUGUCCAAGCUCCACUAAAAAUACAUGAGCUCGUUUGCAAUCCAAUCAGCGUCUUGUUGACGGACAUUCUCAUAGAUACAGUAAUAAAUCAGUGCAUCUUAGCAUAUAGCUACAAGUGCAUUUAUUUGUCUAUGUGGGGAACUAUUCAUGUUUUGUGUUGAGGAAUUAAAAAAAAAAGAAAAAAAGUCUACCUAGAACUGCUCUCACAAGAAAGUCGGAGCAAAAAUGUACGUUGAAAGUUUGUUUUAGCCCAGGCCCUGUUUCACAUGGUCCCCUUGUAGUCUUUGUGGUUUUUUGUAUAAAAAAUUACACUUUA